CUUUCGGCUCCCGCCCCGCUCCGCCAUCAUGAAGUCCUGAACAAAAACGGAUGAGAGUCGAGCAAAAUGGGGAUAACACGAACUGGAGAUGAAAUCCGCCGACAACACUAACGUAAUGACAGUACGAAGUGGAGCGCGGAGCGGACCCGUGGAAAUAAAUGAACCAGUUUCCCAUUGAAAACGUCAGAGGCGGCUCCUGGCGUUACGUUAUUUAGUUAGCGGUGUUGCUAACAGCAGCUAGAGCUAGCCUGUGGUUUUCUUCUGGAGACAGCUCUGCUGCUGCUGCUAGCUGGCAGGCGUCAGUCAGCAGCUAGCUGUCACUUCAACUGACUCGCACUUUACUCAUGUCAAGUCGUGAAGACGUACUAGCUGUCCGUUUGACUGGGAGCAUCAGGAUGGAGGGGACUUCGAGUAAAAGCAUCGACAGACAGAAUGUGGUUUGUUCGUGUUGAAUAAACACCCAGCGCCGAGGAAAGGGGAGUGAGACCAAUAUUUUCCAGCCAGGCCGGUUAGCUAGCUCCAGAGCUAGCUACAGUGGAUCCCAAAAGCCACGGCGCUGGCCAUGCCGUCGAGUGUGCGGGCCGGGAGCCUGAAGGACCCGGAGGUGGCUGAACUGUUCUCUAGGGAGGAUCCCGAGAAGCUCUUCACCGACCUUAGAGAGAUCGGCCAUGGAAGCUUCGGAGCAGUCUACUUUGCCCACGACAUCCGCACCAAUGAGGUGGUGGCCAUCAAGAAGAUGUCCUAUAGUGGCAAACAGUCCAACGAGAAAUGGCAAGAUAUCAUCAAGGAAGUGAAGUUCCUUCAGAAACUGCGCCACCCCAACACCGUUGAGUACCGUGGCUGCUACCUGAGAGAGCACACAGCAUGGCUGGUGAUGGAGUACUGCUUGGGCUCUGCUUCUGACCUCUUAGAAGUCCACAAGAAACCCCUCCAGGAAGUGGAAAUAGCUGCCAUAACCCAUGGUGCAUUGCAGGGAUUGGUGUAUCUUCACUCUCACAACAUGAUUCACAGGGAUGUGAAGGCAGGAAACAUCUUGCUAACAGAGCCAGGGCAGGUCAAACUGGGAGACUUUGGCUCUGCUUCCAUUGUUGCUCCAGCCAACUCCUUUGUGGGAACACCUUACUGGAUGGCCCCUGAGGUGAUCCUGGCCAUGGACGAGGGUCAGUACGAUGGGAAGGUGGAUGUGUGGUCACUUGGCAUUACCUGCAUAGAGCUGGCGGAAAGGAAGCCUCCUCUGUUCAACAUGAAUGCUAUGAGUGCCUUAUACCACAUCGCCCAGAAUGAGAGCCCUGUGUUGCAGUCUAAUCACUGGUCGGAUUAUUUCCGCAAUUUUGUGGACUCCUGUUUGCAGAAGAUCGCCCAGGACAGACCUACCUCUGAUGUGCUGCUUAAGCACCACUUCCUAUGCAGAGAGCGUCCCAUGACAGUUGUGAUGGACCUGAUCGCACGCACCAAGGAUGCUGUCCGCGAGCUGGACAACCUUCAGUACCGGAAGAUGAAGAAAAUCCUCUUCCACGAGGCGCACAACGGUCCCGCACCAGAAGGAGGUGAUGAGGAAGAGGAUGUGGAGCAGUAUAUGCUGCGCACGGGCACAGUCAACAGCAUGGAGAGCUCCCACUCUCUGCCGUCCAUGUCGAUCAGCGCCAGCUCCCAGAGCAGCUCGGUCAACAGCCUGGCAGACGGCUCUGAUGACAGUGGCGAGAUGGCCAUGAUGCAGGAGGGGGAGCACACCGUCACCUCCAACAGCUCCGUCCUGCACAAGCCCCUGAGCCAUGACAACAUCUAUGACGAUCCCUAUCAGCCAGAGGUCGACUCGCAGCGAGAAGCUUCGUCUGCCGGUGGCGGUGGAGGAGGAGGAGGGCGGCGGCGUCGAGGCAGAGACCAUUUUGCCACCAUCAGGACAGCCUCACUCGUCACUCGUCAGAUCCAGGAACACGAGCAGGGGUCGGCCCUGAGAGAGCAGAUGUCAGGGUACAAGCGAAUGCGGCGGCAGCACCAGAAGCAGCUGAUGGGCCUGGAGAACAAGCUAAAGGCAGAGAUGGAUGAGCACCAGCUGAGACUGGACAAAGAGCUGGAGAAUCAGAGGAACAGUUUCUCAAUGGAGGGAGAAAAACUCUCAAAGAAGCACCAGGCUAUCCUGGAGAAGGAGACAAAGGCAGUCCUGACUGAGGAGAAGAAGUUCCAGCAGCACAUACUGACCCAGCAAAAGAAGGAGUUAACCAGUCUGCUGGAGUCCCAGAAACGACAGUAUCGACAACGCAAGGAGCAGCUCAAAGAGGAACUGAAUGAGAACCAGUCCACACCAAAGCGGGAGAAACAGGAGUGGUUGGUGCAUCAGAAGGAGUGUCUGCAGCAGCUGCAGGCGGAGGAAGAGGCAGGCCUGCUGCGACGGCAGAGGCAGUAUUAUGAGCUACAGUGUCGCCAGUACAAGAGGAAGAUGGUGCUGGCACGCCACAACUUGGAGCAGGACUUGCUGCGAGAGGAAUUGAACAAGAAGCAGACUCUAAAGGACCUGGAGUGCGCCAUGCUGCUGCGUCACCACGAGUCCACCCAGGAGCUGGAGUUCCGCCAGCUGAGUUUGGUGCAGCGUACGCGGGCCGAGCUCAUCCGCACACAGCACCAGACAGAGCUCACCAACCAGAUGGAGUAUAACAAGAGGCGCGAGCAGGAGCUGCGUCAGAAACACGCCAUGGAGGUCCGCCAGCAGCCCAAGAGCCUUAAAUCCAAAGAGCUUCAGAUUAAGCGUCAGUUCCAGGACACCUGUAAGAUCCAAACCCGUCAGUACAAGGCCCUGCGCAACCACCUGCUGGAGAACACGCCCAAGUCGGACCACAAGGCCGUGCUGAAGCGGCUGAAGGAUGAGCAGACUCGUAAGCUGGCCAUCCUGGCCGAGCAGUAUGACCACUCCAUCAAUGAUAUGCUGUCCACACAGGCUCUGCGAUUGGAUGAGACCCAGGAAGCAGAGUACAAGGUGCUGCGGAUGCAGCUGCAGCAAGAGCUGGAGCUGCUUAACGCCUACCAGAGCAAGAUCAAGAUCCACACCGACACACAGCACGAGAGGGAGGUCAAGGAUCUGGAGCAGAGGGUGUCCAUCCGCCGCGCCCUGCUGGAACAGAGGAUCGAGGAGGAGAUGCUGUCCCUGCAGAAUGAGCGCUCAGAGCGCAUCCGCACCCUCCUGGAGCGGCAGGCCAGCGAGAUCGAGGCCUUUGACUCGGAGAGCUUGCGUCUGGGCUUCAGCAACAUGGCGUUGACAGGCAUCCCCAGCGAGGCCUACCCCAAGCAGGGCUACUCCAACGCCCCGCCCUCGGGCUCCCGCUCCGCCAGCCACUGGAGCCACGGCAUGCACCCCCAGAACAUGCCCUCUCAGCAGCACUCCCGCCGCAGCCACAACAGCAGCAGCAGCAGCAGCAGCGGUAUCGGCAGCGGAGCCGGGGACCGCAGGAGCGAGUCCUCCUCUUCCUCCCACGGCCUGGGAAUGGCCCUGGGCCUGGGGCGGGAUGGGAGGGAGAUGCACCACUCAUCCCGCUCCUCUGCCUCCUCUUCCUCCUCCUCCUCCUCGUCUUCCUCCCACCACCAGCGCCACCACCUGCCCCAGCACUACCACCACCAGAGCACGCCGCAGCUGUACCGCGAGCGCGAGCGGGAUCGAGAUAGGGAGCGGGAGAAGGAGAGGGAGCGGGAGUGGGCCGGAGUGCGAGGCUCCGGCGGCGACCUGGCCCACCCACACCCCCUGCCCUUCUCCCAUCACCUGCCCUCACGCUCCUCCUCACAGUCCCUGGCCAUGCUACCUCCCCCGCCACCCGCCCCUCCCUCCAUCUCUGGCCCGUCCUCCUCUUCCUCUUCCUCCUCCUCGUCGCAGGGGGGGAUAUACGGUGGUGGCAGCGGCCUGGGCGUGCGUGGCGCCCCGAGCCUGAUGGCCCUGAGGAAUAGCCCCCAGCCUCUGAGGAGGACGGCGUCCGGCGGGGGGCCCGGAGGCGCCGGGGGCAGCGACGGCGUUCUGAGCCGAAGCACCUCUGUCACCUCCCACAUCUCUAACGGCUCCCACCUCUCCUACUCUUAGAUAGCAGGAGGAAGAGCGCGGACAGGGUGGUAGCAUGAGGGGAGGGAGUGAUUUAGGAAGGUAGCUAUCACAGGUUGCAUCUCAAUACUCUCAGUUUGCCACCUUGCCUCAUAUCCUGGACUAAUCUCAACUGUCAGAAUAGCUGCAAUGCAGAGGAUCUGGGGAUAUCACCCUCUUCUCUUAACGCACAGAAAGGUAAAGAGAUCAGUCAACAUCAGAGGCAAAGAGAGGACAAACUGACAUUAUUGAGCUGCACCCUGCUUCUUUAGACUCAGGGUGGGUAGAGAGGUUUUCUCCCAUUCUCACAGGUAUAAAAGAGAGAGGGAGGAAUGUAACCACCUGUAAUACCACUGGAUUAAGGUGAGAAAAAAAAAAGAGGAGGUUUGUGUUUAAUGUUUUUAUCUUUGUUACCGCCUGUAUAAAAGUGAGAUAGGACGAGUGAAAGGAGAGGACAUUUAGCCUUUUUUUUUCCUCCCAGAGCUGCAGAGAGAGGGGACGGCAGCCACGUCCUCUUCUAUGAUGUUCUGUGCCGGAAUGGAGAAAGAUAGAGGACGAGGGAGGGAAGGAAAAAGAGGAAGAUGAUGUUUUUUUUGCAUUGUGUAAUGUACUUGUAUGUAGUCUGUGGUGUCCAGAUAUUAUCUAGCAAGCACUCGCAGCCUGGGCUCCAGGAAGGAAAAAAGAAGGAGAAUCAUUCAAGAUGGGUUACUUCAGUUUCCAGCCUUGUGGACACUGGAAAACACUUUUUAUUGAUUUACAACUGUUGAUGUUUUGUUGAUUUUUUUCUUUCUUUCUUUUUUUUGUAUUAAGUGUCUAAAAAAAAAAAACACAAAAACAAGUUGCUUGGAACGUCACCAAUGCCUUUAAGGGGUUCUUAAAGGGAUGUCGUGCCAUCAAAGUUUUUAUUUGAUGACUGCAAGAUGAUUUAAAAACCGAAAUACGAACACACAGAAUGUUUGUAAAGGUAAGAGACUCUGUUCUAAAAAAAAAUGCAGCUGGGAUGAGGAGAAACAUUUGUGAGGACAUGUACAAAAUACAAAAGGAAAAAAAAAAGAACAAAAAAAGCUUUCUGGCAUUCAUGACAUAUUGAGUAUCUAAACAACAUAGGUGUCUAUGGGAGUCACUCCAAUGCAUGAGAUAGAUGUACAAAAAACAAAAAACAUUUGUAAACAUGACCAAACACAUUUGAAAUGUACCGUACCUGUUCAAGUUUCACCGGCAUUCAAGAUCACUUGUCCCACAUUUUUGAUCUUUACUGUACAUAUUUAUGGGAAUAUAAAAAAAAACAACAAAAACAAGUCAUUUGGUUUUAUAGAGUAACAAAGAUAAUGAUAGUAAUUUUGAUAUAUUCAAAUGAGUAUUGAAUUCAAGAUUUAGAGCGACAACUCCAACUGCAUUUUCUAUAGGUGUCAAUAUUACCAUAACUAAUCCUGAUGUAAUUGUUGUUGUAAUCAUGUUCACAUUUUUCUUGCGAGAAGAAAAAGGGCCCACUUUUGACUGUAAAAAAAAAAAAGAUAAUAAAAAAACUGUUGCAUUGUCAGGUAUGGUGUGUGUUCAAGGAAUUAAUGAUUAUUAAUAAGAAUUUAUUAAUAAUUGUUAAUGAUUUAUGUAUGUGUGUCGAGCGGUAAAGUCUAGUUAUAUUGCCACUUUUUUUUAGACAGCAAAACAAUUGAAUUUUAAAAAGACACUCCUACAACAGCGACACCCCCCCACUAUUCACAUGAACUCUGACCUCCUCCUCUGGACUCUUACAGAAGAAAAAAAAAAGAUUUUACAAUUGGCCACUGGAAUGUAAAUGCUGGUUUUCCUUUUUGUUUUUAUUAUUAUUUAUUUGUUUUCAGUUCGGGAAUAAGUUCUGAGAGAGUACACACAAUCUGUGUUGAUAAUCUGACUGCUUAGGAGUGCGACCAGCGCGACAAGCUGGAAGCAUGUGAAGGAGAGGUAGAAGAAGAAGUGAAGAGGGCGGGCGUCGACUGAGCUGCUGUGCCCUCUUGUGCCGGCACGGCAGCAGUGACCCGGAGCAGCCCAUCCUCGCACAAAAAGAAAGACACCAAUCAGUGUUGUUUUCAUGAGCAGAUGAUGCUUCUGAGGCCCAAAGGUUUUGCUCUCUGUUCUCACUGGGCUGUUAUUUACUUGAAGGGAAUCACAAAUAACUGGACUUUUUUUUUUUUUGAUUGUUUGUUUUUUUAAUUAUUUUAUUUGAAAAAAAAAGAAAAAAAAAGAUAAUCACCCUGCUGUUUGUAUGACUCAGAAACACCAGCUCAAGACAAUUCCCUGUAUAACCUACUACUUUAUGCUUGGUUGGAAUCUCAGUGCAUGCAUAAACUCCUUAUAUAAACUAAGACUGGCGGGUUCGGGACAGCCUCCGUGUUGGGGAAAAAUCAGUGUGGUAGUUGUUUUGUUAGACGGGGGUUGUUGUCAGUGUCAGAGGCAUUGCGGUAGAGGAGCAGGGAGUCUCGGUUCCUGCCCGGGCAAUGGAUGAAGACGAAGAAGCAGCACAGGCUCAUCUGUGUUUUGCAGAGUUUUUUUGUGUGUGUGUGGGAGGGGGUUGAAAUCCUUAUUAAAUAUUCAAAUCAAGCGGUUCCAAGCUUGAGGAGGAGAUGGAAGAAGGGUCUUAACACAUGUAUUGGAAAAGAAAUGGGGUGCUUUAAAAAGUAAUUUAAAAAAGAUAAUAAAUUGAUAUUAACACAUUAA